AUGGAUUUUGAUGAGAUCUCGUCUAUCUUGGUAGAGCAUUUACCAGUAUUGGAGCUAUGUUCGGUCUUCAUCAACCUCACGCUUUUUCUCGUGUUUCUAUUUGCUGUCUCCGCGAGGCAGAUUCUUGUCUGCGUGAGAAGAUGCAGAGAUAGGCUCUCUAAGGAAGAUACUGUUUCAGCUUCUAACCGUAAUAACGUUAGCUUGGAAAGAGAGAUUAACGAUGUUAGUGUUGGGAUUGGGUUUAAACUUUCUUUGCUCUGUUGCUUCUAUGUGUUAGGCGCCCAAGUUUUGGUGUUAGUCUUUGAUGGGAUUAGUGUUGUAAGAAAGGUUAGUGACUGGUUUGUUCUUUGCUUUCCAGUUGCUCAGGGUUUAGCUUGGUUUGUCGUUAGCUUCUUAGUUCUUCAUUUGAAAUACAAGUCGUUGGAGAAGUUACCUUUCUUGCUGAGGGUAUGGUGGUUCUUGUCGUUUUCGGUUUGUCUUUGUACGUUGUACAUGGACGGAAGAAGGCUAGCGAUUGAAGGUUGGAGCGGAUGUUCCUCUCAUGCUGUGGCCAAUUUAGCUGUUACACCUGCUCUCGGGUUUCUUUGCUUUGUGGCGGUGAGAGGCAUUUCUGGUAUUGAAGUUCGCCAAAGCUCUUCUGAUCUUCAAGAGCCUUUGCUUGUUGAAGAAGAGGCAGCUUGUCUUAAAGUCACUCCGUAUAGUACUGCUGGACUGGUUAGCCUACUGACGCUUUCUUGGUUGGAUCCACUUCUCUCUGCCGGUUCAAAAAGACCGCUUGAGCUCAAGGAUAUACCGCUUCUUGCACCAAAAGAUAGAGCCAAGGCAAGUUACAAGGUCUUGAAGUCGAAUUGGAAGAAAUCGAAAUCCGAAAAUCCUUCAAAGCCUCCUUCUUUAGCUCGUGAGAUUCUCAAAUCCUUUUGGAAAGAAGCAGCUUGCAAUGCCGUCUUUGCUGGGUUGAAUACUCUCGUGUCCUAUGUGGGUCCUUACAUGAUAAGCUACUUUGUUGAUUAUCUUGGAGGGAAGGAGAUUUUCCCUCAUGAAGGAUAUGUUCUUGCUGGGAUAUUCUUUGCGUCCAAGCUUGCAGAGACAGUCACCUCCCGUCAAUGGUAUAUGGGGGUUGAUAUCUUAGGGAUGCAUGUUAGAUCAGCUCUAACAGCAAUGGUUUAUCGAAAAGGUCUGAAACUUUCAAGUAUAGCCAAGCAGAAUCACACGAGCGGCGAAAUUGUAAACUACAUGGCAGUUGAUGUCCAGCGCAUAGGAGAUUACUCUUGGUAUCUUCAUGAUAUUUGGAUGCUUCCAAUGCAAAUAGUUCUCGCUCUAGCAAUCUUAUAUAAAAGUGUGGGCAUAGCAUCUGUAGCUACAUUAGUUGCGACAAUUAUCUCGAUUCUUGUCACAAUUCCAUUGGCUAAAAUUCAGGAAGAGUAUCAAGAUAAGUUGAUGGGUGCGAAAGACGAAAGAAUGAGGAAAACAUCAGAAUGUCUUAGGAACAUGAGAGUUCUAAAAUUGCAGGCGUGGGAAGAUCGGUACAGAAUGAGAUUGGAAGAAAUGAGAGAAGAGGAGUAUGGUUGGCUUCGCAAAGCCUUGUAUUCGCAGGCUUUUGUUACUUUCAUCUUCUGGAGUUCCCCAAUCUUUGUAUCCGCAGUUACAUUCGCUACUUCGAUAUUCCUAGGCCAUCAACUUACAGCUGGAGGUGUUCUUUCUGCUCUGGCGACAUUCAGAAUUCUUCAGGAGCCACUUAGGAACUUUCCUGAUCUGGUAUCAAUGAUGGCUCAGACAAAGGUUUCUCUUGAUAGGAUUUCCGGGUUCUUGCAGGAGGAAGAGCUUCAGGAUGAUGCAACUACUGUUAUUCCAUGUGGACUUUCGAAUAUAGCUAUAGAGAUUAAAGACGGUGUGUUUUGUUGGGACCCUUUUUCUUCAAGGCCAAUAUUAUCUGGGAUUCAAAUGAAGGUAGAGAAAGGUAUGCGUGUGGCUGUCUGUGGUACAGUUGGCUCGGGAAAAUCAAGUUUUAUCUCUUGCAUCCUCGGGGAAAUCCCAAAAAUCUCUGGUGAAGUUAGAAUAUGUGGUACUACUGGUUAUGUGUCUCAGUCGGCUUGGAUUCAGUCUGGUAACAUUGAAGAAAACAUUCUAUUUGGCAGUCCAAUGGAGAAAGCAAAGUACAAGAAUGUGAUACAAGCAUGCUCCUUGAAAAAAGAUUUAGAGCUUUUCUCACAUGGGGACCAAACUAUUAUCGGAGAGAGAGGUAUAAAUCUCAGCGGUGGCCAGAAGCAACGUGUACAACUUGCAAGGGCAUUAUAUCAAGAUGCUGACAUUUAUUUACUAGACGACCCUUUUAGUGCUCUUGAUGCACACACUGGCUCUGAUUUGUUUAGGGACUACAUUCUAUCUGCGUUGGCUGAGAAAACUGUGGUUUUUGUGACGCAUCAAGUUGAGUUUCUUCCUGCAGCUGAUCUAAUAUUGGUUCUGAAGGAAGGCCGCAUUAUUCAAUCGGGUAAAUAUGAUGAUCUGCUACAAGCAGGUACUGAUUUCAAGGCGUUAGUGUCUGCCCACCACGAAGCAAUCGAGGCCAUGGACAUCCCAAGCCCCUCCUCAGAAGACUCUGAUGAAAACCCGAUUCUGGUCUUGCAUAACAAUCCAAAGUCAGAUGUUUUUGAAAAUGAUAUCGAGACUUUGGCAAAGGAAGUACAAGAUGGUGGAUCUGCUUCGGAUCUAAAGUUGAUCAAAGAGAAGAAGAAAGCAAAGCGUUCCCGCAAAAAGCAGCUUGUAACAGAAGAGGAAAGAGUAAAGGGAAAAGUUAGCAUGAAGGUGUACUUGUCAUACAUGGGUGCAGCAUAUAAAGGGCUUCUAAUUCCUCUUAUUAUACUGGCACAAGCUUCUUUCCAAUUUCUUCAGAUUGCUAGUAAUUGGUGGAUGGCUUGGGCGAAUCCUCAAACUGAAGGUGAUCAGUCUAAAGUGGAUCCUACAGUUCUUCUGGUUGUUUAUACGGCCUUAGCUUUUGGGAGCUCCGUGUUCAUAUUUGUACGAGCUGCUCUGGUUGCAACUUUUGGUCUAGCUGCUGCACAGAAGCUGUUCUUGAAUAUGCUCAGAAGUGUGUUCCGAGCGCCAAUGUCAUUCUUUGAUUCCACUCCUGCAGGAAGAAUUUUGAAUCGGGUUUCAAUUGAUCAAAGUGUUGUGGACCUUGACAUUCCAUUUAGACUCGGUGGGUUUGCUUCAACAACGAUACAACUCUUUGGAAUUGUCGCUGUAAUGACCAAUGUUACCUGGCAAGUUUUCCUCCUUGUUGUUCCCGUAGCGGUUGCUUGCUUUUGGAUGCAGAAAUAUUACAUGGCUUCUUCAAGAGAACUGGUUCGCAUUGUUAGUAUCCAGAAGUCUCCAAUAAUUCAUCUCUUUGGAGAAUCAAUAGCUGGUGCAGCCACAAUAAGAGGAUUUGGCCAGGAAAAGAGAUUCAUCAAGAGGAAUCUUUAUCUUCUCGAUUGUUUUGCUCGUCCUUUCUUCUGCAGUAUUGCUGCUAUAGAAUGGCUUUGUUUACGCAUGGAGUUACUUUCCACACUUGUAUUUGCUUUCUGUAUGGUAUUACUCGUCAGUUUUCCUCAUGGAACCAUUGAUCCAAGCAUGGCAGGGCUUGCUGUGACAUAUGGACUUAACUUGAAUGGACGUCUAUCACGAUGGAUACUUAGCUUUUGUAAGCUUGAAAACAAAAUUAUCUCGAUCGAAAGGAUUUAUCAGUACAGUCAGAUUACAGGAGAAGCCCCAGCAAUUAUCGAAGAUUUCCGCCCACCUUCCACGUGGCCUGAAAAGGGAACAAUCGAGCUGCUUGAUGUAAAGGUUCGUUAUGGUGAGAAUCUUCCAACGGUACUCCACGGGAUAAGCGCUGUGUUUCCGGGUGGAAAAAAGAUUGGAAUUGUUGGGCGAACGGGAAGCGGAAAGUCGACUUUGAUUCAAGCUUUGUUUCGGUUGAUUGAGCCAACUGCUGGAAGAAUUACUAUUGACAACAUUGAUAUCUCUAAAAUUGGUCUUCAUGAUCUUCGUAGUCGCCUCGGUAUCAUACCUCAAGAUCCUACAUUAUUUGAAGGAACAAUCCGAGGAAACCUUGACCCACUUGAAGAACAUUCAGAUGAUAAAAUCUGGGAGGCGCUUGAUAAAUCCCAGCUUGGAGAUGUUGUUAGAGGGAAAGACCUAAAACUUGACUCACCAGUGCUGGAAAAUGGAGACAACUGGAGUGUUGGGCAGAGGCAGCUUGUUUCGCUAGGACGAGCAUUACUGAAACAAGCAAGAAUACUUGUUCUUGAUGAAGCAACGGCAUCAGUCGACACAGCGACAGACAAUCUGAUCCAGAAGAUAAUCAGAACCGAGUUUGAAGGCUGCACGGUCUGCACUAUUGCUCACCGGAUCCCAACUGUUAUCGACAGUGACCUUGUUUUAGUUCUCAGCGACGGUAAAGUAGCGGAAUUCGAUACUCCUGCACGGCUCUUAGAAGACAAAUCAUCGAUGUUCUUGAAAUUGGUAACCGAAUACUCCUCAAGAUCUAGUGGAAUGCCUGAUUUUUGA